AUGGCGUCAGAUGCAUCUUAUUCGCUGAUAUCACUUUCUGACCGUCUCUUCGCCUCUUCUAACUGUUUUCAGAAAAAUCUCGCUUCCAAGCUGUUUUAUUUUGCCACUAAUACCAACUAUCUGCCCUACAUUCCCUUUUUCGUUUCCCACAGAACCGAACAGGUGACCUACAUCUGUCGUACUUUGCGUCUCCUCAACAGUCUCGCGGUUCCCUGGAUCGGUAUUGCUCUCACUUGGACACAAUAUCAGGCUCUGGGCCCUUCCAAUCUUCUUGAUCGUUUACUACAUCGAAAUCAUUAUCCAAUCGCUCUCGAGUUUCUUCGUUUGCUUGAGACGGUCAAUCCAAAAGGAUCGGCAAAUCAACAUACCAGUAAGUUUCUAUCUGCUAUAAGCUGUAACAAUAUGGGCUAG